AUGUGGCAUGUACUUCCCUGGGAGCUUUGUGGUGAUUUUAAUGUUGCCAGAAGAAGAGAAGAAAAGAAAAAUUGCAGAAGAACCUCCCUAAGUAUGCUAGAUUUCAAUGACUUUAUAAUCUUUCAUGAGUUGAUUGAUUUACCACUCAAAGGGUCUAGAUUUACUUGGACCAGUGGUGAGGACAACCCAAUCCUUUGCAGGUUGGACAGAUUUUUGAUUACCCCUGACUUUGAGCAGAAGUUUCCCCUUUCUACUCAAACUGCUUUGUCAAGACCAAUUUCAGACCAUCUUCCUCUGAUACUUGACACCGUCGAUGCUUCGUUGGGUCCUUCUCCUUUUCGUUUUGAGGCUAUGUGGUUCCUUGUUCCUGGAUUCUUAGAAAAGUUUCAAGCAUGGUGGAAUUCCCUUACAUUCUCAAGAUCUCCUAGUUCUACUUUGUGGUUGGAAGAAAUGAAAAGAUUAAAUGAAGAACAAAAAGCCCUUAGGAUUAAAUCUAAAGUGGAGUAUGAACAAGUUUCUAUCAUGUUGGAAAGAUCCAUUAGGCAGAAUUCCAGAGUACAGUGGCUGAAAGAGGGUGGUAGAAAUGUUUCGUUUUUUCAUAGUAUGGCUUCAAGUAGAAGAAGACAGAACAUGAUCAAGCAUCUGUUUAUUGAUGGGGAACUCACUGAUGAUAGGCACAAGAUUAAAUCCAACAUCAUUAAUCAUUUUGAGAAUCUUUUCAAAGAAAAUUGUCCCUACAGACCAUUUAUUGAUGAUUUAGAAUUUGUGCAUAUCUCUGAAGAUGAAGCUACUUCCAUUGAGAGAGAUAUAAGUGAAGAUGAAGUCAUUGACGCUAUUAAGGAACUUGAUGCUGUGAAAGCCCCAGGUCCGGAUGGAUACCCAAUUAUCUUCUUUAAGAAGUGA